AUGAUCUACUCGCUGGGCAACAUCUCUGGCGCCCACCUCAACCCAGCCGUGACGCUGGCCGUGUCCUUGCGCGGGAAGUGCACCGCGAAAGAUGCAGUUUGCUACAUGCUUUGCCAGCUCUUUGGGGGCCUCCUCGCUGGGAUCACGUCGGCCUUCUUUCAGAUGAACUCCGCGAUGGCGAAGAUGUCGAUCGUGCUUCAGCCCGGGAAAAAGUACCAGGUGGGACAAGCGUGCGCGGCAGAGCUCCUCUUCACCAUGAUCCUGGCCUAUGUGGUGCUGACAGUGGCCACCACGGACACUCCGGCAGAGUGGAAAACGAAACAGAAUGCCUACUUUGGCCUGGCCAUCGGCGCGUGUGUGACCGUUGGCGGCUUCGCUUCGUCUGCUAUCUCUGGAG